AUGCACACGACGGCUCAACUCGACAGCCUGGAACUGGAUGAAUCAAGUGGACAGGGUUCCAAGCGCGCCACCAGCAUGAUCUUUCGCAUCGAGCAACUGCUGCCGGGCAGUACCACAGCGACAACAACCACAGCUGCCACGCCCACCAUCUCGACCCAGCAGGCGCCCGCGAAGCGACCAAGGAGCAGCCUACGUCCAGGUGUCUAUACAGCUCAAUAUACGCCGAAGGACACGUGCUCCGGUGGCAUACCCACUGCUGCGUUGCUCAGUUCCAUGGGCACGCCCACGGCUAGCGACGCCCAUGUGCAUUGCAGUCUGGUGAAUGGAGAACUGGCGCUGUCCGCCUCGAUGCUGCGACAGAUCAAACUCUCCGAGGAUAUUUACAGCUUCAAUGCGUUGUUCGAACUGCACGCCGGCCAGCUGCGCAUCAGGCUGGUCCGAGACGUGGGCCGCGAGGAUGAGAUUGUGGCCUGGUUUGGCGAGGAGCUGGUGUUGCUCAUGGGCAUACCCUUUCUCACGCCGCUCAACAUACAGGGCAACAAUCGUUACACCUGCCAUCUGUGCCAUUUGACCUUCGAGACGCCUCAUCCGUUGAAGAUCCAUCUGGCUCUUGGCUGCGGGCGCAGCGUUAUGGAUCUGCUAUGGAUGCGUUUACAUUAUGCACUGAAGGCGACGGCACCCAGCUCAACGACAACAAUAACUUUGUCACCCACGCCGGCGCCCUCCUCGACGUCCUCUGCCUCGCCCAAUCGCUCGCCACCAUUGCCACCUGCCGCGACUACAGCUACAUCCGCACGCUUCUCUGCCUUUCGUCCACUGGCUAGCAUGCAGUCGCUUGCUCUGCCGUUGCCACACAGCUCCCAGCCGCCGGCAGCGACGCUCUCGUAUCUGCCCUCCAUUUCAGCGAUGGGUGCGCCGCAUCCGAUGAACGCAGCCGCACAGAUCGAGGCGAUCGUUAGCAAUAUGGGCGCCUCGAAGCAGGGUCACCUCUGCAUCUAUUGCGGCAAGGUCUACUCUCGCAAGUAUGGCUUGAAGAUCCACAUACGCACCCACACUGGCUUCAAGCCACUCAAGUGCAAGUUCUGUCUGCGUCCCUUCGGCGAUCCGAGCAAUCUCAACAAGCACGUGCGGCUCCAUCUACAAACGCAGCCGAGUGGCAGCAGCGUCGACGUCGAUGGGCAGCUGGAGGCGGGCUUCCAAUGCCAGAUCUGUCACAAGGCGCUCGCCCGGGCCAGAGAUCUGCAGCGACACAUGGAGACGCGACAUGCCGCAAGCAGCACCACAACAACGGCAGCAGCUGCGACAACAGAGGGCGGCAUGCCUCAUCAUAGCUGA